GGUUAUAAUGUGGCAUUUUGUCUUAUAAUGUAGCCGUAUUAGAUAAGUGGCAGUAUCACAGAGCGUCAUUAUGGAUUUUUUUUAAAAUACACAUGAGGAAAUUGGAAGUGGCUGUUUGUACAGAAGAUUGUCUUAUGGAGGUGACCGUUAGUGAAGGAGUGUUAUAUACUUACGUUUUACUUUUUUUUCUGCUGCUGAUACAGGUGGGUGUGGCGGUGAGAAACAAUCUCUAUCAACUGCGAGUGAACUAGCCAGGGCUUGGAGGAGGGCAAAGUGGAGGCCUCCAGGGAUGUCCUUUACGGAGUCGAUCCAUCGAGGGUGCUGCCUAUCCUUGCUGUAAGUGAUUCACAACCUAAUUUCAUGGCGCAGACAUAUCCCUAGAAUGUAGAGACUCCGCCCUGUGCCUGAUGCUCAACAACGUACUGCAUCUGAACUCUUGCAAUUUUAAACCGAAGAAUCAGAAAGGAACAAUAAAGUUUAAUUUUCUUUUGCUGAUUUAUAUAGACUCAUAGUUCACCAGAUAAUCUAAACUGUGUCGAAGGGGGUAUGGAAACACCUACAAUCAGAAAAAUAACAACAUAAAUAAAGACGUCACAAGAGGAGUUUUCCUUGAACCUCUGCGCUCAGAGUCACGAGACAGUGUCCAGGUUGGGCUGCCUGCAGUCAUGAGCCGAGAACCAAGCGGUCUGAUGUCAGAUCCCAGUUUUGUGGUCAUCAAAUAUGGGGAUGACCAGGAAGCCUUGAUUAACCCCUUCUGCUCCACUUACAUCUUCCUAGACUGGAUUCGCCGUAUCUGCAACUGCGGCAAUGACAUCAAACUCAACAAUCUGUCUCGGCCGGGCACUCGCAGCAGUAAGCGAGACCGUGGAAAGAAGACGCCAUCACGUUCAUCCCGCAACAGCAACAACAACAGCAACAACAACAGCAACAGCAAGCACGAGACGACGAGACGACCGACAAGUUCGGAGAGAAACGGGCGUUCAAAACAGGGGAAAUAACCUUUGAUAAUUCAGCUGUGUAAAUUAUGGAUUGUA